AUGGCCAUGGAAGAUAUUCAAGCAACAACAACUGAAGGACAACCCUUGAGAUGUAAAGCUGCAAUUUGCCGUAAGCCAGGUUCUCCACUGAGUAUUGAGGAGAUCAUUGUGGCACCUCCAAUGCCUCGUGAAGUUCGGAUCCGUGUUAUAUGCACCUCUCUCUGUCAUAGCGAUGUUACUUUUUGGAAGAUGCAGGUCCCUCCUGCAAUUUUUCCAAGAAUCUUCGGUCAUGAGGCUGUUGGGGUUGUGGAAAGUGUAGGAGAAGAUGUAACUGAGGUUACAAAAGGAGAUGUGGUUGUCCCAAUUUUCUUAUCUGAUUGUGGGGAGUGUAUAGAUUGCAAAUCAAGCAAGAGCAAUCUUUGUUCAAAAUUUCCUUUCAAGUUGUCUCCUUGGAUGCCUAGAUAUGCCACAUCAAGAUUCAAGGAUUUAAAUGGAGAGAUCAUACACCAUUUCUUGUCUGUUUCUAGUUUUAGUGAGUACACUGUGGUUGACAUUGCUCAUCUAACCAAGAUUGACCCAGCAAUACCACCCAACAGGGCAUGCCUACUUAGUUGUGGUGUAUCAACGGGGGUAGGUGCUGCUUGGAUAACUGCAGGUGUGGAGCCAGGGUCUACAAUAGCUAUUUUUGGGCUGGGAAGUAUUGGAUUAGCUGUUGCUGAGGGAGCUAGACUUUGUGGAGCAACUAAGAUUAUAGGUGUGGAUGUCAACCCAGAAAAAUAUGAAAUUGGAAAAAAGUUUGGACUCACUGACUUUGUCCAUGCUGGAGAAAGUGAAGAUAAAUCUGUGAGCCAGAUAAUCAUAGAGAUGACUGCAGGGGGAGCAGACUAUUGCUUCGAAUGUGUUGGCAUGGCAUCCUUGGUGCAAGAAGCAUAUGCUUCUUGUAGAAAGGGUUGGGGAAAAACAAUAGUUUUAGGAGUGGACAAGCCAGGAUCCAAGGUGAGCCUUAAUAAUAGUGAGGUGCUGGCUAGUGGGAAGAGCCUCACGGGAUGCUUAUUUGGAGGACUCAAACCUAAGUCUCAUGUACCUAUUCUCCUUAAACGCUACAUGGAUAAGUGCCAUGAUGCCAAGUUUAUCUCCAAUUACCAACAGGAACUGAAUUUGGAUGAGUUUGUCACACAUGAGGUGCAGUUUCAAGAUAUCAAUAAGGCUUUUGAUUUAUUGCUUGAAGGAGAGAGUCUCCGAUGUGUGAUUUGGAUGGACAAAUGA